AUGUCGGGACGCGCGUGGACAUCUCCGAAUCGCGGCCGAGCUGAUCGGGGACUGCGUCCUCAGAGGCAGGACGUGGACGAGUCGUUCGAGCAGUUCGACGAGGAGGCAGAGGACUACGACGCGGUGCUUGAGCCCAGAGGCACCGACAGAGACAGCGGCGGCACUCGAGACAACCUUCCCAUUCCCAUCUUCGACGGGACGGGAUGGCGCGACUUCUCGUGGCGCGUCGAGGCCUGGCAGUUGGCGACCUCCCUGAAGCAAGAGCGCCGUGGGCCAGCGCUGUACGCCAGGCUGCCGGACGACACGCGCGGCCUCGAGCUUCUCAUGCUUAACCUCAAGGACCGCUUCGAAGAGCAGGAGGUCCUACGACAGGGCGAUGUGAUACGUGAGCUCUUCGUCCUGCUUAAGAGGCGGCAUCAGGAGCAGAUACGGACAUUGCAUAGACGGUUUAAUACACUUGUGCACAGGCUGGCCAAGUUCGCUGUGACGUUGCCGCCGGUUGUGCUCGGACGGUUCUUUCUCGAGAAGCCGAGGCUCCCGAGCGAUCGCAGAGCGAUAGUAUUGGCCAGUGCGAACAAUGCUUACGACAUCAGGAUCACGUCAGCCGCGGUCGAGAGGAUUUGCCCGAACGUCGCUGAGUUUGACAAGACGGGCCGCGGACAAGACCAGCCGUUCAAGCCGAAGAAGUUCACCAGGACAUGGACUCCCAAAGGGGGCCAACAGAGGGCCAUGCACGCCGAAAUGGACGAUCAGCACGACCCGAUGAGCGAGUACCUCCAUGACCACGACGACGACGAGGAGUCGUUCUUGGCUAACGGCGGAGACCCAACCGACCUCCCAGGCGUGGACGCUUUCGAAGACCCAGAGGAUAACGACCAGGACGACGACGAGGCUGACGGUCAGGAGGCGACGAUGGCUGCUCUGGCGAAGGUGCACGUGGCAACAUUCAGAGAGAGCAGCAAGCGGUUGCAGCACCAGGACAGGUCCCGGGCGAAGUUCACGAGCGCCGAGUUCAAGACGAAGGAUUUCAAGAACGAGCGGGCGGAGCCCCACAGGGCUCUCGCAGCUAUGAAUUCGACAAGCUCGAUGGCUACCAGGAGCGUGCCCACAACUGCGACUAAGAAGAAGACGAACACGACCGCGGGCUUUGAUUCGUUCCUUGUCUUCUCGUUUCCUGUAUUCAUCUUCGCGUCUUUCGAGGAAAUGCGGAAGCACAUGUGGUUCGCCAUCUACGACAGCGGAUGCACGAGUUGCGUCAUCGGCUACAACAUGCUCAAGCUGUGGGCGCCGAUGCUGAGACGCUGCGCCCGAGGCUUGAGAUGCCAGCUGGUCGCCGAGGAGGAGCGGUUCAGGUUCGGAGCUGGCGACCCAGUCUGGAGUGCGUUUGCAGCCCUCAUCCCGAUUUGCAUUUCGCAUCGCAAUUCGGGUAUUUUACGAGUCAGCAUCGCACCUGGAGGCCCGCUGCUGCCCUUUUCGAGGCCAGCGGCGAAGCAGCUCGGCAUCCGCGACGAUCCGAGAUCAAGUUCCUUCAGUUUCCAGAGGAGUUGGGCGUGCCACCAGUGCCGGUCACAGAAGCUGACUCCCAGCACCCGCUGCUCAACCUGUAUCAGUUUCCAGCAGAAGGGGGCCACUCAGACAACGAUGGCGGAGCUGCGCGAGGAGCCGUUGACCAUCGGGGUGGAGACCCCAGGGCACGAGACGCGUGCAGCCUUGCGAGAGAGCCUGCGAGCGGUCCGACCACCCGAGGGCGCCAUGCGCAGGAUGUGCACGGUGCGGUCGGACUUGGCGUCGGGGUUCAGCAAGCUCAGGAAGCACGAGGCCGCCGCCUUCUACCGGGCUGCGGGCAUCGCUAUCAAGGGGGCGGUCGACGCGCUGAAGCUCGGGGUCAAGGCGUGGGCAGCGGCCGAGGAACCGAUGCCGGCAUGCGCGGUCUCCGCUAGGUCCUUGCAGGUUUUGGCAUCAGGUUCGGCGAGGCCGCGCAGCGGGCCGCCGCCGAAGGCCGCGCCCAGCGGACCACCGCCGAAGGCCGUGCCCAACACGCCGCCCGUGAAGAGAGAGCUCCAGGCAAAGCUCCAGAAACGACGCCCCCCGCGUACGUCAUCUCGCAUGGGCCUGGGCGGCAACGACGAUCGCUUGGAUGGGGCUCGGGAGAUGACGAGCCGGACAGCUGCGACAGCAGCGGCGCCGCCAUCGGAGGCGGCUUGGGGCCCCGACCUGGAGAAUAUCAACGAAGACAGCGAGACCGAGACAAGCGGGGCGAGCCAGCCGACGGCGAGCGACAGCGACGCGGAUGAAGAAGCGCGUGCUCAGCGGGCGCUGCCCGCCAUGUGCCUCGCGGUGACCAUUGGCGAGUCGGCCGGCCUCGACCCCGCGAGCGGCAUCUUCAAGGGGGCCGAGUCGGAGUCCGCGUCCAAGGAGACGCGCCUCGCCAUCGACGAGGGCGGCGCUGCUAAGCUCGACUUCGUGGAGAUCUGGGGCGGCAAGGCUGCCGCGCCCCGGGAAGCUGCUCGCCGAGGUUUUCGAGUGGGCCAGCCCUGGGGCAUCGAGUGCGGCGAUGACCUUGCGAAGCUGGCCGCCAGGGAGGAGCUGGUCGAGUUCGUCGAACGCGAGGGGUCGGACUGCGCGGCGCUGGGGCCGCUCUGCAGGAUAUGGAGCCACGCGCAGAAGCUUGUCUUCAAGGGAGACAAGCAGCGCCCGCGGCGGGCGCGGCUGAAGGAGGUGCCGACCUUGAAGCUCGUGGAGACGAUUUUCGCGACGCAGUACGAGGGCGGCCGCAUAGCGGCACUUGAGCACCCUCGGCUGGGGCGAUCCUGGGGCGAGGGGCCGUGGGUCCUGGCGACCCAUGAGGCUUUGGAGAAGCACUGCGGCCUGCGGUGUCCAGAGGGUCACGGGCAGGUCGAGCUGAAGGGGUUCGGCAGAAAGGGGAUCUCCUGGAGCCAGGUCUACACCAAGGCCUUCAACGGACGCAUCGUGGGCGCCUUCGAGGAGGUGCUGAACCAGACGCACCAUGCCAUGGCAGCGGACGCAGACGACGACGGCGACGAGGCGCCCGAGGAGGAACCCGUGGGAGCCCGUAAAGGUUGGAGUUCCGCCCUCAAGGUUCGAUCCCAGCUGCGACGCCUACGCCAGAACAUCGGGCACCCCUCGGGCGACGACCUGGCCAGGGACCUGAGGCCCAACGGCGUGGGCGAUGUUCUCGUCCGCGUGGCCAAGCACCUACGCUGCGCCACGCGCAAUCGGACGAAGUCUGCGUCGAGCCCACAUCGAGUCUCACGCUUGUCGCCAGUUGGCGGCUUCAGCGACGAGCUGGGCGUCGACGGCCCCCACCUGCGGAACGCGCAUGGGAAACCCUACCUGUUCCCGUCGAUCGUCGAGGCCUCCGCGACGCACCGCGUCGCCCGCCACCUCAAGAAUCGGCUCGACCCUGGCGGCAUGUUCUACGCCGAGUUCCAGGAGGCCAUGGACAUGAUGGGCAUCCGCGUCAAGGCCGUGGCCGGACAGUCGCAGUGGCAGAACAACAGCACAGAGCGACGCGGAGGAUGGCUUAAGCUCAUGGUCAGCCGAGCGGUCGAACACAAGUCGGUCAAGGACCGCGGCUACCUCGAGACCGCCAUCUGGGGGACUUGCCAGGACAAGAACGACAUGAG